AUGGAAAUGAAACGAAGCACGUUCACCUUGUCAAAUCAUCACUCAGUUGUUGCUCGCCAUAUUGUGCCUUCCACGGUGACCGAGGAGAGCUCGAGUGUAUGCAGUUCGGAUGCAGUGACUUUUGCUGAGUCAAACUAUGUCAUUCACAACACUCCCUCAAAUCGUCAGUUGACACCAAAAGCUGCCACACUGAAUCGACUGAAUCGACCCCAUGAUUUCAUCCCACGAUCUGUAUUGCGAAUGGAUGUGUGCAGUGCAUGCGGUCGACGCAUUGCGUUUGGAAAAACCGCAUACAAAUGUGCUACGUGCGGCUUGUUGGUUCACGAAUCGUGCCAGAAAAAACUUGCUCAGACAUGUGUUCCGCCAAGUGCCUCACGUACUCCAUUGUCCGCUGUGAAUCACACGCAUGCAUGGGCUACUUCACCACGACGCUGCCCCUCCAGUGUGAUCGCGUCACAACAAGCUAUAGUUCCGGCACUUCCGUUCGGGAGUUCGCGAUCCAGGGGACCGAUUGUAGCUCCAACAAGCCCAACCUUAUCCGUACGACUGCGCAAUAUCAAUCUGGCUGAGUUUUGCCCGGAAGAUCAGUUUCCUAGGAUCCCUGCACUUAUAAUUCACUGUGUGACUGAGGUAGUCGCGCGUGGCAUGAAUACAGUUGGUCUGUAUCGUGUUUCAGGAUCGGAGAAACAAGUUCGAGGUUUCUAUAGCUUGAUCGCUAUCGCCUCCAGAGGUCGUAGUAACGUUGACCUUCUGGCCGAAUGGUUAAAUCUGAAUGAUUUAUCACGAUCGUCCUGGUGGUAUGUUCCUAACGCACGCCUCGCGAUUGAUGACGUAGAAGUUGUUUGCAUGAGAUUUGUGUUCAGUUGA